GGAUGUGGGAGGGAAGCGACGUUCUGGCCGAGCCGCCCGUUUCUGUGGUUCCCGGCAGUUGAAACCGGAAGGAGGCUCAGGUCGGGGGAGGAGGGCGGUGGCAGCGGCCUCAGAUGUGUCUGUGCCUUCCCGCUUGGCUCCGUCUGCGGGCGCCUCCUGAGCAUGUGCAGAGCACAAGUUGACCCCGAGUUCAGGCCGUGGAGGGGCCCGAGGCGGGGCUUCUCCGCCGCCUUCUUACUCGGAGAGAGCCUUGUUUUGCUUCCGCGUCAGACGUGGCCUCUUCACCCUCUUCCCCUCCUGACCUCAAAGUCCAGCUCCUCGCCCGGUUCCUCGGAGAGUCCUUUAUCUCUCUCCUCCUCCCUCUCGGAUGUCUUCACUCAUACCCCUCUCUAAGCCAAUUUUAUUUUUAUUUUUUUGAUAUAUAUAACGUCUUGGAAGUUCUUCCGUGGGCUCAGAGGGAAGGAGGGUGGGAUGACUAAUAAAUAAGGUUUCGAGUCAGAAAACCCAACAUUUUCCUCUGCAAAUUGCUCUACAGGAAACCCCUAAACUGCUUUCCUUGCGUCCCUGGAGUCUUUGCCUGGAAUGGCAGAAGAUCAGGAGCUGGCCAAGCCAGCCAAGACUCUCCCGGAGCCCUUGGCCAAGGGGGGCUCCGGCAACACCUACCGUAGUGCGCAACACUCCCAGGCUUUACUGAAUGGCUUGGUGGCUCUCCGGGACAGCGGCAUCCUCUUUGACGUUAUCCUGCGUGUGGAGGGGAAGCCGAUCGAGGCUCAUCGGAUCCUCCUGGCGGCGUCAUGCGAUUACUUCAGGGGCAUGUUUGCUGGCGGACUAAGAGAAAUGGAACAGGAAGAGGUCCACAUUCAGGGUGUGUCUUAUAACGCCAUGUGUCAAAUCCUGAACUUCAUAUAUACUUCGGAACUGGAGCUUGGCCUCAGCAAUGUGCAGGAAAUACUGACUGCCGCCUGCCAGCUUCAGAUCCCAGAGGUUAUCAAGUUCUGCUGUGACUUCCUCAUGUCCUGGGUGGACGAGGAGAACGUCUUGGAUGUGUACAAGCUGGCCGACCUUUUCCACCUGAGCCACCUGAGUGAGCAGCUGGACUCCUACGUUCUGAAAAACUUUGUCACUCUCUCCAGGACAGAAAUGUACCGCCAGCUUCCCCUGGAAAAGGUCUACGCCCUCCUCAGCAGCAACAACUUGGAGGUCAGCUCUGAGAAUGAGGUUUACGAGGGGGCCCUGCUGUACCAUUACACUCCAGAGCAAGUGGAAACGGAUCAGGUCUCCUUGAUGGAGCCCCCAAAGCUGUUGGAGACGGUCCGCUUCCCCUUGAUGGACUUUCCUGUCCUGCAGAGGCUUCACAACAAGCUCAGCCCGUGCCCUUUGAAGGAGACAGUGGCGAGUGCUCUGAUGUACCACAAGAACGAGUGCCUGCAGCCCAUGAUGCAGAGCCCCCACACUCAGCUGAGGUCUGAGUUUUGCUGUGUGGUGGGCUUUGGGGGGAUCCACUCCACCCCUUCCACAGUCGUCAGCGACCAGGCCAGGUAUCUGAACCCGCUGCUGGGAGAGUGGAGGCACUUCACAGCAGCCUUGUCCCCCAGGAUGUCUAACCAGGGAAUUGCAGUCCUCAACAACUUUGUCUACUUGGUCGGGGGAGAUAACAACAUCCAUGGCUUUCGAGCAGAAAACAGGUGUUGGAGGUACGACCCACGCCACAACCGGUGGUUCCAGAUCCAGUCUCUCCAGCGAGAGCAUGCGGACCUCUGCGUCUGUGUGGUGGGAGAGUACAUCUACGCCGUGGGAGGACGGGACUACCACGAAGAACUGCGGGAAGUGGAAAGAUACGACCCCAAAACCAACACCUGGGAAUACGUGGCCCCUCUCAGGAAGGAGGUUUACGCACACGCCGGAGCCGAGUUGGACGGACGGAUGUACGUCACUUGUGGGAGGCGAGGCGAGGACUACCUGAAGGAGCUGCACUGCUAUGACCCUGUAGACAAUCGCUGGGACAGCCUGGCCGACGGUCCUGUCCGGAGAGCCUGGCACGGGAUGGCAGCCCUGCUGGGCAGGCUGUACGUGAUUGGAGGGAGUAACAACGACUCUGGCUACAGGCGGGACGUUCACCAGGUGGCCUGCUAUUCCCCCAGCACCGCUCAGUGGACCACUGUGUGCCCUUUGCCUGCAGGGCAUGGCGAACCCGGCAUUGCCGUCCUGGAUCACAUGAUCUACGUUUUAGGGGGCAGAUCCCACAACCGGGGGAUUCGCAUGCAUUACGUCCACAUUUAUGAUGCUGACAGAGACUGCUGGGAGAGAGGCCCUCGGCUAGAGGACAACAUCUCUGGGAUGGCCGCCUGUGUCCUCACCCUGCCCAGGGCCGUUAUCACGAAUGCCGAGAGGUGGACCCCUGAACGGCAGCAAAACAGGCUCCAGAACCACCCAGACAUUUCUUCAGAGGUCAUGAGCAUGUUAGAUUGGGAGGAAUUUGACCAUCUGAGUGACAACUGAGCAGCACUUGAGGCUCCAGCUGCCGCAAGGGAAUGGCAUGCAAGCCUCUUUGCUUUCUGCUUCUUCUUCCCCGCAGCUGAGCUGGGUGGUGUGGUUCUCCUGAUUUUGGAGGAGCUCCUUAGCCCCACUGACUGUGUGGGAGGAGGCAACCUGGUCCCCUCAUCAGGCCUUGUUAGCCUGCUGCCAACGAGGCCAGAAGCCAGCCAUUGCAAAAGGGGGGCCUGGAUUUCUGGCUGGUGUCACUCUGAUGUGCAGCAUGGACACUUUGCUUUGGAGGGAGGCUGGGUCGUAUGGUGCCCCCACACCCCUGAACCACUGGAAGGCUUUAGGAACAACUGGGUGGAUCUUUGGUAGCAGCCAAUCCAUGUUUUUAAUAUGUGGUGACUUUCUGUAUUCUAAGAUAGGGUUACUAGAUGUCCUCAUUUCCCGGGGACAGUCCCCAGAUUUGCAAAUUUGUCCCCAGACAAAUUCCAUCCCUGGAAUGUACCCGGAUUUCAUCUGAUGUCCCCGGGAAGCGUUGCAGCAGCGGCAGUCUCAGCAGCCCGGAGCCAGCCUGGUAGCAGGAGCUGCCCGCUGCCGUGGCGCUCGCCAUUUUGCCUCACUGGAAGUCCCCAUAUGGUGUGUUGCGCACAAGACACAUCAUAUGGGGACUCGGUGUAGGGGCUGCAGAUGUGGUGGUGGGCGCCGCCGCCAGGUGAAAGCUGCAUAGGGCCGCUGAGCUCGGUGCGCCACUGCAACUUGGCGCUCAGCUCGCCGUCGGCACCGCUGCCCAAGACCGCCGGCUCCGGUUCCAGCUCAGCCUCCAGGUGGUGCUUGGGCAGCUGCGGCUGCUGCUCGGCUUCGCCGUUGUGCUCCUCAACUUGCAAGUGGCGGCUCAGCUUGUUGGCCAGCUCAUCAUUGAGGUGAGCAGGCCCAAGCACGCCUCCUCCUGCUCGCUCCCCUCCGGCUCCGCCCCGGACCCCCUGACUGGGCGCUCCACAGUGCAGGUGGGCGGUCGCCAGACGAUGCCUGCGCAGGAGACGCCCAGACAGGCGGGCAGGGCAGCAGCAGGAGGAGGGGGGUUCUGCUAAUGCUUACUCCUGAGUAAGCCUGUAGGAGAUCACAGUACAAGGAGGGGGAGGGAGGGAGGGGGAAAGCACAGCUACUUCUCCAAGAAAGGCUGGGACCCAGAAGAAGGCCACACAACAGAGGAGACCACAGAAGAGAAAAUAUUACUUCUUGAUUUUUUAAAAUAACCUUUUUCCUCUUUUUUUUUUAAGAAAAAAUAUUAUUUUAUUUUUAUUAAUUAAUUGAUUGAUUGUGUCCCCAUAUUCAUUGCAAUAAAUCUGGUAACCUUAUUCUAAGAGGCCUUCAACGAUUUUUCCAGCAGAGCAAAUGCAACCAGCGGUCAUCUUUUUCUAUUGGAAGAGGGGCCUUCUGCCUGCCCCCUGCCCCUGGAAGCAAAACCUUCAUUUUGCUGCUCAGCUAAUUCAGCUCUUCCCCGAGCAUCAAAUGUUCCGCAUGAAACAUUCUAGUAGCUGCAAAAGCCAAAUAACUCGGCCAAGAGGCAGAGGUCUCCCCCACCACGCCAUUGCUUCUCUUUUUGUGGGGGUUGCUGCCUGUCCUGCCAGCUGUACUUCCCACUGAUGUCCAUGACUGCAGAGGGAAGUAGCUAGUUGUAAUAGGUGGAAAGAGGUCUCCGGUAUUCUGUUAGCGUUUUUGGUACAUUUAUUCAAAAAGGUUUGUAUGUUACAGUAUUUCUAGUGACAGCUUCUCUAGCCCAGGCGAAAACACUGUUGUGUGUUAGGAUUGGGGGGUGGGGGGAGAGAUAACACCCUCCCCACAAAGUAUGAUAAGGUGAGAUAUUAUGGCAGUGAAUACCAGGGAUUCUGAAAUGCCCAAAGAAUAAAGAGGGGAUGGGGAGAAAAUGGAGCAACCAGCUCAAUUCUUUCUAUAUGCCAUCGCCCACCCAAUCCAUUUUGAGCUGGAUUGUUGAUUUUUCAGUUUUAUCUGUUCCUUCUUGUUUUCACCUCCUCCCCAAAAGGAGGGGCCUCUGGUGUCCUGGGCAGCAGCUAAGCAUGUUUGGCUUGCAGACAGACAGACAGGCUUCUGCUACACUGCAAAAUGUCCCUGCCAGCUGUUCCUCCUCUGGCUUGGCCCGGGAAGUAGAAACUUCCACCACCUCUGGAUUUCAUGCAAGGGAGUUUGAGCCCCUUGCCCUUCCUGGAGUGUAGGUAAUGUGAAGAGCCAUUUCCCUGUAGAAUACCCCCCCCAAUUCACUCCCUGUACCUACCCACUUGUGGGUAGGCGUGCCUGUCUGGGGUUCAAGCAUCAAGCUGGAGUGCCUGUCCGCAAGUGGAUUAUCAUUUUGCUUUGCUCCUGGCAAAUUCUCUGUCGCAGAGUAGAUCAGCGAUGACAAUACAAACACCUCAGGGGCAGAAGACAAUGAAAUUAAGCCAGCCAUAGAAGCACAUGGGCUCUGAGGCAGGCGUGCCCGCAUAGCUGGUGGAUGGGUUGAAAGCUGUCUUUGGGCAGGACGUUUUGCAACAGCUUAAAAAUAGCUGUGACUGAAAUGAAUGAGGCUCCCUGCCAGGAGUCAGUUCUGUAAAAAUUCUUAGCUGUUAUGUGUGUGUUUAUUUAUUUAUGUAUACAUAUAAAACCCAGAAGUUCCCAAUAA